AGAAAAAGGUUUAUGUCAGCCCCUUGUAUUUGCAGGAUGCCACCACAGAACGGGCCAGAACAGAAGUCCUCCUGGGUAGAAGACAUCCUCAAGCAGCUGCCCCUGGCAAACAAGACUGCAGUUUGGGGGACGCUCGGGACUAUCCGACCCCACCUGAGUUUUGAGGUAGAGAAAGAUGUCCAGUCUCUCCUGGGGGCUGUCAGCAGGAAAGGUGUACAAUAUGGAACGAUCAUUGACCUGCUGACGAACAGAAGCAAUGGCCAGCGCCAGCAGAUCGCAGAAGAGUUCCAGGACUUCACUCAACAGAACCUCCUGGAGACCUUGCAAGCAGCUCUCUCUGGAAACCUGGAGGGUAUCAUCGUGGGGCUGCUGAGACCAGCGGCUCAGUUUGAUGCCCAUGAGAUCAAGGCAGCCAUGAUGAAGGGCCCAGAAGGAGACACGCUUACCGAAAUCCUCUCCACUCGAACGAAUCAGCAACUCCGAGAAAUCUCAGAUUUUUAUCACCAUGAUUUUAAAUCUGAGCUGGAGGAGGACAUUGCCUCUGAAACCUGUGGCUGUUUGAAGGGCCUCCUUCUUGCCUUGAUCAAGGGUAACCGGGAAAGGUACACUGGUGUCAUUGACUACUUCUUGAUAGAAGAAGAUACGAAGGCUCUUGUGGAUGCCAGGAGUGUUGACAGAGACAGGCUGGACGAGAGCCCAUGGAUCAGUAUCCUGGCCCAGCGCAGUCCUGAGCAUCUGAACAGAGUGUUCAGGCAAUAUCACAAGACGACUGGGCUCCAGAUAGAGGAAGCAAUGACGAGAUACUUCCAGGGCAAUGCUCAGAAGGCUGGCUUAACGCUGGCCUCUGUCCUCAGAAAUACCCCACUCUAUUUUGCCAAGAAACUUUUCCAAGCGGUUAAGAGUCCAGAAGGAACCAACCACAAAACUCUGGCUCGCAUCCUGAUUUCCCGUAGCGAAUUGGACCUCUUGAGCAUCCGGGCAGAAUUCAGAAAGCAUUAUGGGAUUUCUCUCUAUUCCUUCUUCCAGACGAAAAUGAAAGGAGAUUAUCAGGCAGCUCUGCUUGGCCUGUGCAGGGCAGAAGAUCUUUAAAGCCUUCUUCAGUGAGAAUCCUCCAGGUACAGAGGCAGUCUAGCUGGGAAUAUCAAGCAGACUGCCGCUCCUCAUCCCUGUCAUCCUGAUCAAGGAGGAAAAGAUCUGUAACCAGGCCAAGGAAGUUGGCUGCAGCAUCUGGAGUGAGCAAUUGUGCUAAUCUCCCGACCACUUUUCCACCAGCUACAAGUUGGUUCAACAACUUUUCACAGGCCUGGAGAAAACAGAAUCCAGGAGCUUUCAAAGAAAAGGAAAAGAAAACAACGGAAGGAGGCACCUUGACGCUUUAUUGCCGAUAUCUGUCCAAGCUGAUGGGGCCUUUCUGAAUGUUCCUGCAUUGCAGCUGGCGAGGAAAAAGCAGUCUUUUUGAAAUGUUCCCUGAAACACCCUCCCCAUAGCUGCAUUAUUGGGGGUGGUUUCUCUGCCCUCUCCCCUACCCUCCUGCUUUUCUUAAAGAUCCUAGCCCAAGGUUUCUUAA